AUGCUGCUGCCUGCGGCUGCCCGGCGGGGGCUGCUGCUGCUGGUGGUGCUGGUGGAGGGGGUCAGAGCCCAGUUCCCCCGAGAGUGUGCGGGGCUGGAGGUGCUGCAGAGUGGCCAGUGCUGCCCGGCCCUCACCGCGGAGCCCGGGGACCGCUGCGGCUCCAGCCUGGGGCGCGGCUCGUGCGCCGACCUGCGGGCUGACCCCGCGCCGCACGGACCCCAGUAUCCGCACGACGGGGAGGAUGACCGCGAGCGCUGGCCGCUGCGCUUCUUCAACCGCACGUGCCGCUGCGCGGCCAACUACCAGGGCUACAAGUGCGGCCAGUGCCGCUUCGGCUGGGCGGGCGCUGACUGCCAGCAGCCGGUGCUGAGGGUGCGCAGGGACGUGCUGAGCCUGAGCACCAGCCAGAGGGCGAGGCUGGUACGAGCCCUGCACCUGGCCAAGACCACCCCCCACCCCGACAUGGUGGUCGCCACCCGACACUACGCCGACAUCCUGGGCAGCGACGGCCGCAGCCCGCAGUUCGACAACGUCUCCAUCUACAACCUGUUCGUGUGGACGCACUACUACUCCGUGAGCAGGACCUACCUGGGCGAUGGGCGCAGCUUCGGGGGCGUGGACUUCUCACAUGAGGGUCCCGCCUUCCUCACCUGGCACCGCUUCCACCUGCUGCAGCUGGAGAGAGACAUGCAGGUAAUGCUGCAGGAUCCCUUGUUUACACUUCCAUACUGGAACUUUGCCACUGGAGGCAACACCUGUGAUGUCUGCACAGAUGAUCUAAUGGGAGCCAGAAGCAAUUUUGACUCUGUGCUUAUAAGUCCUAACUCUGUCUUUUCUGAAUGGCGUAAUCUCUGUGAAAGUAUAGAAGACUAUAACACCUUGGGAACUAUCUGCAAUGGUACUGAGGGAGGUCCUAUCCAAAGGAAUCCUGGUGGGAAUGUUGCCCGGCCAGCCGUUCAACGACUUCCCUCACCUGAGGAUGUGGCACAGUGUUUAGAUGUAUCGCCGUAUGACACACCACCUUUCUUUUCCAACUCAUCGGAUAGCUUUCGAAACACUGUUGAAGGCUAUAAUGAUCCUGCCGGAAAGUAUGACCCAGCUGUUCGUAGCUUACAUAACCUGGCUCACUUAUUCCUGAAUGGAACUGGAGGACAAACCCACUUGUCUCCAAAUGAUCCAAUCUUUGUCUUACUGCAUACCUUUACUGACGCAAUCUUUGAUGAAUGGCUGAAGAGAAGUCAAGCAGAUGCAUCCGUCUUUCCAUUUGAAAACGCUCCAAUAGGCCAUAACCGAGGUUACAACAUUGUCCCCUUUUGGCCUCCUAUUACCAAUGCUGAAAUGUUUAAGCCUGCAGCUGAAAACUUUGGAUAUACCUAUGAAGUUCAAUGGCCAAAUGGCAGCCUCUCACAACUGCAACUGAUAACAGUGGGGAUUGUAGCAGCUUUGGUAUUGGUUGCUAUCGUAUUUACUAUCUCUGCAGUAGCCAUGCGCAACAGAAGACGAAAACGGGCUAAAAAUGAGCUGUACCAACCUCUCUUAGUGGAUCAGCAUCAUCAGUACUCGUCUCAUUAUGAAGCAGCACCAAAAGUCCAAAAUGGGGCACAGUCUGCUAUCUAA